UCGAAUCAUGCAUAUCGCCGGUUGCUAGUGAUCGGAGCUAGCUGAAUAAGCUGCUUCAGCAUGGAGGCCACGGCCACUCGCAGGGAUGGCGGCCCCGGGGAACAACGCCACGAGCAGAUUGGCUCCGCCGCCGGUUCCUACACCGUUAGCAGCAGCUCCAGAUCAGGUACCAUAGUCUCGUCAACUGCCUACACAUCUGGCGCCUCUCGCUCCUCGGGCUUGGAGCUCAUCAAGAUCCACGGCUACGAGCACCUGUCAUGGCGAUGGGGCGAAAGGACCAAGGAGGAGAAGAUGAAGCGCCUCAUAGAGCUGGCCAAUGGCGGCGCGACGAGUGCCCUGAACCUGAACCUCAACCUCAAGAGGUGGUUCACGGAGCUGAGCGUCGCCUGGGUUCUCGACCUUCCCGAUGAUGCUGUAUCUGCACUGCAACUCGAGGUAUCUCGUGAUUUCACUCGGAGCUUUAGCGGCAUCAUUAUUACGAGGUGGAUCCACGCUUUCGCCGAAAUCGUGGAAACCAUCCGCUUCAUGUCGACACUGCCCCUUCCUGAUCCAUGCUCACACACUGGUGAUGAUGAGGAACAACCUGUUCCUAACCAAUUCUUCUUACUGAUGAGGGUGACAACCAAGAUAUUGCACAGAGUGAAGAGCAAGCUAUUCCUUACAAAUGAUCUCAUCAGGGAUGAUGGUGCUAGUAUUCCAGAUCAAAUCCAGUUUGCAAGAUUUACCCAAGUGGCCAUGUUAAAAAUGCUCGCUUUUGUCGAUGUCCUAGUUGCUGUGGAUCAUGGUGCUGUUUUAUAUGGGAUACCAGAAAUAUAUAAAUCGUUGAAUCUACUGCUGGGUAUGCACGAUGUUCUUUCCAAGGCCUUACACAUGAUCCACGUGUUAUUCAUUUCCAGUCCCCCAGGAGAAGUUGAAAGUAUACUGUUUAUGAUAUGGCGCCUCUUGUCAACAAAGGAGGGGAAGGCGCUUGACGCCUUAUGUCUCACAUUGAACUACACCACGACUCAUCUCCUCAAGCGGAUUGAAGACACGUCAGCUACUCAAACUCUACAGCAAGGAUCAUCGGACAUUCACAAGGUCACUCUCUCCGUGAUAAGCCACAUCAGCUUCCUGAUGGAUAAUAAAUUUUCAUUGGAUCUAAUUGUAUUAGAAGCAUAUUACCGUGGUAAAGUGUAUGAAGAUCUAAUUAUAUCUCAAGCACAUAACCGUGGUAAAGUGUAUGGAACCCGUAUUAUUGGAAACCAAACACAUUCUGACAGCAUGAUCAUCAGGAUGGCGUCACGUCUACAAGAAAAGCUUGCCAGCCUCUCAGAAUCAUUUCCCGAUCGACGCCUUAUACUGUUAUUCUUGCUCAACAACUCACACCGAUUACACCAAUGCUUGCAGUCUGAAAUUGAACCUUGGUGGUCUUCUCUCCAACUUUAUGCCGAAUCCCUUGUUACCAAAGUCGAUGGCUACAUGCAGAGCUAUCUACAAGUAUCUUGGGCUCCAGUGUUGUCAUGCUUGUUCAAUCCCACUCCUCAUUUCUUGGGGAAAAACUACUCCCCACUGACUAGGUUCGAGUCUGCAUUUCGGGAGGCUUACAUCACUCAAAAGCAGUGGAAGGUCCCAGAUCCUGAGCUUCGGAAAAAACUGCGAACAGCUAUCAUCGAGCAAAUCAUUCCAGGCUACACAAAAUACAUAGAGGAGAACAACAUUACAACGCCAAGACUCGCUCCUCAGGAGCUAGAAGAGAUGUUGCAAGACCUAUUCGAAGGAUGAUCAACAGAAUACACUGCCAAUGAUAAUUAUUGUAGGUUUUCAUCUAGCAUGUUGGUGUGUUGGAAAGAAAUGUUGUCGCUUCAGAUGACUUGACUUCUGAAGAUGAUGUGAACAAAGCACGUGUAUAAUUAACCAGGACUACCCAAGGUGUGUUCUCCAUUUUUUUUUUUUUGCUGUAAAAUUGUUGCACAUUUUUUCCUUAAGUACCUGGAAAAGCAUAGAGGAAAUCAAGCCGAAGCACCACAAGUUUGUUAAUUUUCUUUGUUGUAAAAUUGUUGCACAUGUUUUUACUUAAGUACCUGGAACAGC